CACGUAGUUUGGCGCUUAAAAAAAAAAAAGCGAGAGAAGGAGGAACGGAAAGAGAAAGGGCUGGGCAGCCAUCGGGUGCGCUCUUGCCCCAAUCCAGAUCCAUCCUUGCCCCAGGCGGCCCUGGCAGCGGCCCGGAACCUGGCAGCGGCCCAGCCGGGAGCCCCAAGGAGCCGAGGGGGCCAGCAUUGCAAGUCGGCGGCAGCUCCAUGAAAGGCGCCGGGGCCGCGAAAGGAUCCAGGGCCCGGACUGGCUGCUUGAGCCCGGCCAGGAUGCUUCUGCCGAGCCCCUCCGCCGGCCCUGGGAUCUAGGCACUGGGAGCCGGAGCGGGGGGCAGCCGGGGAGAGAAAUCUUCCGGGUGGUGUUUUGCAGAAAGAAAGAAAGAGCAGACAGAAAAAGCACCCGAGCUUUUGUUCCCCCGAUUCUCCGGCUGCGAUUUUUUCCCCCAGCCACAAAAGCUGCUUUCUUUGCUGGGGGAGGGUAUGUGCAAAGCUGUUCUGUAACCUUGCAAAGUCUCUCCAAAAAUCCUUUAUUUUAUGUUUUUGGAAAGAGGGCUAGUGCAAAGUUGGUGUGUCUUUUUUUAAUUCUCUGCGCUAAGCGUGCAUCAUUUAUUUAUUUAUUUUUGAAGCCGAGAGCUGGGGUCAUUCAUCGGUUUGGAGGAGGAGGAAGUGGGGGGGGGGGAGCCUGCUUGGCCGCCCUAUGGCUCGCUCCCCUAGCAAAGAAAGGCUCUGGAAACAGACUUUGAUGAAAAGAGAGAAAUUGGAGUCUGCAUGAGCCAUUCCUCCAAUACCAAAAGCCAAUAUUGCAAGCUGUUUCUUCCAGGUUUCUUUUUCUUUGAAGGAUGAAUUUGUGAUAUAUAUUUUUUUAUGUUGCAUUGGGGCUUGAGCCCUGGGGAGCAAGCCAAUGGCAGUUUUUUAAAUGGCUAAGAGUACGUUUUCCAAGCUACCUCUCAGGAUCUCUCAAAAUAAGAACAGUUAUUGCCACCAUCACUUGUUUUUGAAGCUCUGCUUGUUCCUUUGUGGCCUUUCGGAGAAGGCUCAGCCAUGUUGAGAAUCCCCAAAGUUGGGCCUCCUGCCCCUGGACGGGCCCCCGCUGCCCUUGGACCCCCCCAGCAGCAAAAGAAAGUCAUGCCUGUGAUCACCUCUGCAGAACUGGUGGUCUCCAACCUCAGCAGCCCCCAGAUGCGAGCUCUCCCAGCUACCUAUUUCACUCAGGUGUACCCUCAGACUGCUGUGGUUGCCCCGUUGCCUAGGGGCAGCUGCCUUUAUGCCACCCCCCAUGGACCCGAGAUCAAAAACAUGCGAUCCGCUUCCACUGGAAAACUGCCGGCCAAAAGGAAGCUGGAUCUGGAAGGAACAGGCCAGCAGUGCAUCCCAGAGUUCCGAACCCCAAAGGGCAAAGGAAGGACGCUCCCACACAUCCCCAGUCCCAAGACCCCUAAGUCACCUGGGGAGAAGACCCGCUACGACACGUCGCUCGGCCUGCUAACCAAGAAGUUCAUCCACUUGCUCAGCGAGUCGGAGGAUGGUGUGUUGGACCUGAACCGGGCUGCCGAGGUGCUGGAUGUCCAGAAGCGGCGCAUCUACGAUAUCACCAAUGUCCUGGAGGGGAUUCAGCUCAUUCGGAAGAAAUCCAAAAACAACAUUCAAUGGAUGGGAACAGGGAUUUUUGAGGACUCCUCCGUGGCAACGAAGCAGCAGGCAUUGCGGCAGGAGCUGACGGAGCUCUCCAAGACUGAGAGGAUGCUGGACAAGCUCAUCCACGAGUGCACACUUCAGCUGAAGCACCUGACAGAUGAAGAAACAAAUCAGAGGCUAGCAUAUGUCACGUAUCAGGAUAUCCGUGCCAUCAGCAACUUCAACGAGCAGACGGUGAUUGUGGUCAGAGCCCCACCAGAAACCCGGCUGGAGGUGCCAGAUGUUUGCGAGGAGAACGUCCAGCUGCAUCUGAAAAGCAACAACGGCCCCAUCGAGGUAUACCUCUGUCCUGAGGAAAUCCUGGAGGAGAGCCCAGCCAAGGAAGGCAGCUUCCCUGCUCCUGCUCCAGCACCCCAGGAGAGCAGCAACCCCCCGACAGUGAAAGUCGAGACCGUGAAGACUGAGCUGCCCAGCUGCCUGAUGGAGGGGGAAGACGGCUUCCUGGAACUGCCCCACCACCUCCUGCAACAGACCGAGGACCAACUACCUUCCGCUUCCUAUGGUGACGCGGGGCCCUUUGUCACCUUCUCCCCUCCCCUCGACCAAGAGGACUACCUGUGGGGGCUGGAGGAGGGCGAGGGCGUCAGUGACUUAUUUGAGGCCUACGACUUGGGCGACCUGCUAAAGAACUGAGCCCCCAGGAUCCCCAGGCCCUUCUCAUGGUGCUAAUUCCCUCCACUCCAGAGCCUCGGGGCUUUUCUGCCUUGGGGCACCUGCUUGCAUUUGGGCCCAGCGGAACCUGGCUGCCAAGACCCCCACAAGCAGCUCUCCAAGAGAUCCUUAUUCAUCUCAGGCUUUUCUGAAACCGUCAUGGACGUUGUGCGUGACACUCCCCCCCCCUUGAUGCAAUGAGAAGUGCCAACAGCUGCCAUGGGGGGACCCCCCUCCCACCCCUUUUCCUUCUGCAGAGGUUGAAAGCUGGAUGAUUAUCCCUCCGCUCCACUCGUGGUGCCAGCAGCUAUAAUAGCCCAUGUCUGUGACUUUCCUAGGGACCCUUGAAACCUUAACCCCAUGAUGCUUCCUUGUUUUGCUCCAAUUUCUCUCCGAGGCAGAAAUGGUCCAUUUAGGGCAGUAUUGGUAGCACCAGGUGUGAUUCUGGCUGGCAAAGCAACUGCGCUAAUCCCAGCAGCAGGAGAUGUGCAAGUGAGCCCUUUUCCUUGGCUAUGGCACCCUGAAAUUAUGGGCCAAUCUACCGGGAGAAGUAAUGUUUUUAACAACUGCUUGGCACAGGGUACUCUCCUGCUACUGCUGCGAUUCCUCUCCAAGUAUCAGUCCUGUGGCAUGAUGUGUCUGAGCUAAAAGCCCAUCCUGGUGAAGCCGAUUAAACUUGAAACUUCCUUUCCAGUGCACUCUGGUAUGAAGCUGCAAGGUCGCAUGCUUCCUCCUGAGAAUGCGCCAUGUGAUGCUCUAAAUCUGAAAUGUAUGGCUGGGGAACCUGUUGGACUGCAGCUCCCAUCAUUCCAGGCUGGCUGGGGCUGAUGGGACUUGUUGUUGAACACUGGGAGGACCACAGGUUCUCUACUGUAUCAGGAGGGUAGGGGAAGGUUUUCUUUGUCUCUUAUGGUAGCUAGAACAAGGUGAGGUUGGCUUAUUUUUUGCAGGCUGAGUUCUAAGCAAGCCGUGCACAUGCCUUGCUAAGACGUCUAUGGAGAGGCUAAGCUGCACUUUUUGGACUUAAACCAUGCAAAGUGAUCUGUCCUCUUCAUUUCCAAGGGUAGCCUCAUCCUUGGAAAUGGAGCCAUUUUCUGGUUGGCAGAACCCUCUCCUUGCUUCAGACAGUUCUGCCUUGGGCAAAGCAUUCUUUCUUCUGCUAGAGUUGUCUGACUCCUCCAGACGUUGUCAGACUCCAACUCCCACCAGCCCCGAUCAGCAGUGUUAUUGAUGAGGGAUGAUGGGAGUUGGAGUCCCAGCAACAUCCAGAAGGCCAGAGGAUUCCACCCCCGUCCCAAAUUUAGGUACACCAGAGGAUGUAAUCUCUCAUCAUUCAUAAUCGCCAGAUGUAGUAGCUCACCUUCUUUGCGGUGUUGGAGGAACUCAGCUGGAAAGAUUGGAACUCUUAAAGCAGGGAUUGGGGUACCUUUAGCCCUCCAGAGGUUGUUGGACUCCCAAAUCUGGAGAGGACUGCAGAUUCCCCAACUCUGCCUUAUUAGUUCAGUUCGAUUUUAAUCUUCAACCUCACCAUUGUCACCAAAUCCUCCUACCUAACAGAGCCUUAUUUCUUUGUAUUGGGGCUCGUCAUCUUUGGGUAUCAAAGGUGGCUGUCCAGUUCCUUAAUUUGGCUUAGUAAGUGAGUGAGCAAGGCCUUUUCCUAAGCUUGUCCCAUCCAUGACCAAGAAAUAUAAAACAGGGAAGCUCUUUUGGCCGGACCCAUUGCUGUGGGAGCCUAGGAAGCUUUGGAGUUGCAUAGAAUUUGUCUGGCAAGCACAAAACCUUGCUGGUUCUUCUUGCUGUGUUCAUUGCCCUCUAAAAGUUGAUGUCCCGCCGGUUCUUGUUUUUUUUAAUAUCCUUGCAGAGCUAGACAAGACACAGACCAGUCCCUGAAAAGACCAUCUUUCUAUUCUCCCCAGAAACGUUUAGUGAAAGUCUCUGAACAUCACAUUAUGUGGGGAGCUUUCCCACCUUCGCUUCAUGCAUUGUCAGCUGCGAG